AAAAAAAAAAAAAAAAAAGUCACAACUAAAGAAACAAAAUUAAAAAUUAAAAGAAACAAAUUCAAUAAACUAAAUUCUAAACAAAAAUGGCUGUUACUUUCUCUGAUAUUUUUAAGAUCGCUUUCGCUAUCAUUCUUCCACCUUUGGGCGUCUUAUUAGAAAAAGGAUGUGGUCCUGACCUCUGUAUUAAUAUACUCUUAACAAUUCUUGGUUAUAUUCCUGGUAUCAUUCACGCUCUUUAUAUCAUCUUUAAAUACUAAUGUGUAAAUUAGUAUAAAAAAUUCACAUUGGUAUAAAAAAUUAUUAUUAAAAUAAUUUCUAGAACUAUUAUAUAUUAAUUCACGCUCAAAUUCACACAUUUAUUUUGUAUUUUUUGUAUCAUUAUAAUAAUAUAUACAUAUAUUUAUUCUCUCUUUUUCAUAUAUUAUCUACUUAUCAUGUAAUUUUUUGGUAAUUUUGAUAAUUUUUAAAGAACUUUAUUGGAUAAUAUAUAUAAUAAAAAGUAAAAAUAUUUUAUUUGACCAAUUAAAUUAAUCUUAUUUGAUAUUCAAUUAAUUACACAGUCCAUUUUGCCGAAUGGACAUUUGUAGCGAUUAACAUUUAUGAAAAAUAUUCAUCGCUCAAUGAAAUAAAAAAUUAUUUUGGGAGUUUUUUUCCGGGAUAUUAUAAAUAAUUUUUCGGCGAAAUGU